GAGGUUAAUGUCAACAAAAAAGGUUUUCAUGUUUUCCGUAUAUUUAAUUCAUUAAUAAAAAGCAGUGAGCUUAAGUCAUGUCAGAUGAAAAUUUAUUCCGGGCUUUUAUGAGUAGUUUGUACUGUACACUGGACGCGCCGGUGACCUGGUUCCGAGACAACAUCGUGGUCCCCAACCAACAGCAGUACCCCUGGUACCACCAGAAGUACCGGCGGGUGCCCACCAUCGACCAGUGCUACGUGGACGAUGCCGUGUGCGACUUCGAAGCGAACGCGCAGUUCCUUCGUGAUAAAAAGGUGGAUUCUGAAAUACUGAACAUCCUCCGCUCACGGUACGAGGACUGCAUGCUCUACGAAUCCCCUGAUCACUUGUCGGCGUGUAAAGAGGUGCUAGAGAGGUACCAAGACGCGGAAGAGUGCUGGUUCAUCAAAUAUGGCGACCUCGGCGCUAACGGCGACGCGAGGAAAGCCUACAUGAAGCAGAAACAUCGCAUGAUUUUCGAAAAGCGUUACGGGCAACUUUCGGACCAAACCAGAAAAUAAAUUUAGACUAGAUUGUAGCUAAUUGAAUUGUAUUAUUAGAUAACUACAGAUAUUUGUCGAAUUAAAUAAUUAUUAGUUAUGUUUGGAAA